AGCUUCCCAAGAUGUUUCCUGGUCUUCUGAUGAAUCUGCAGGUUUAUGCCAGUGAGGUGCCAAUGUUUUCCUUCCAGCCUGGUGUUGUGAAACUCGACCUUGCGGGCGCAGUGAAGGCUUCUGCCAUCGAGCCCAACGGCACCCAGAUCCCUCUGUUCAAACUCAAUGUUGACUUACAAUUUGACGGUAAAGUGUGGGUCGCUGCUGGAAGACUGAAGGGCUCCAUGGCACUGCAGAAUUUAACACUGACGCUGGCGGUCAGUGAAGUGGGACACUUUGAGACGGAUACAUUGGAAAGCUUAGUGAAAAUGGGAGUGAUGGCUGGCCUCGCAAAACUGAACGUGGAACUGGGCAAAGGCAUUGUUUUACCCAGAAUGAGGAACGCUCAGCUGGUCAACACAGUUCUGGGGGUGGAAGAGGGAUUCAUAGCCAUGUGUUCAGACGCUGAAGUGUUUACAGACAGCUUCAACUGACAUCAAACUGUCUGUUUACCUCAUCAAACAUGGACGCUCUUCAUCUCAGCACACAUUGUUUGCACCUGUAAACAAAAUUGAUUUGUGUCCAUAUUUAACAUCAUAAAGCACCUGUGUUUAAAAGGUAAUGCCGUGCUGAAACAUUUACAACCGUCAUGACAUAUCAACAAUGAUUUAGCCUGCAGUUGAUUUCUAUAAAUGCUUCAGCCUGAAACCUCAUCUUUUAUGUAUGUUUUAGCAUUUUAUAUUUUGUUAAUAAGUGCAUUCUGUUUCAUAUAUACAAAAAAAAGAUGUGGUGAGAAUAAAAUCAUUUUUUCUAGUUUGUUUCUAUGUCACUGUUGCAUCAAAGACAUGAUCAUUGUAUCUGUCAUUAUAACCAUUGUCAUGUGUUGACUCAAGGCAACCUGGUAAACCCGAGAGACC